AUGGAAACCUUUCCAUUUCUUUGGAUUAUCUGUCUCUUAUCUGGAGAAUUAUUUUGUGGUGGAGUAGCUCAUUUGGCGCACUGCAAUGCAGCUGAUAGGAAGGCUCUUCUUGACCUUAAAAGGGGUCUUAAUGAUUCUUGGAACCGGCUCUCCUCAUGGCAUGGAACCAAUUGCUGUAAAUGGUCAGGAAUAGCUUGUGACAAUACAACUGGUGCUAUUCUCGCAGUUGAUCUCCCAAAUUCAUCAGGUCUUCAGCCAUUAGGUGGGGAGAUAAGACCUUCACUGGCAAAACUUAAGUCCUUGAAACAUCUGGAUUUAAGUGGGAACGAAUUCAGAGGUAAAAUUCCUCAUUUCUUGUUCUCUUUGGUGAACUUGCAAUAUCUAAACCUGUCAUUUGCUGGGUUUAGUGGGGCAAUUCCUCCAAAUCUUGGAAACAUCUCUAGCUUGCAGCUUCUUGAUGUCUCUUCAGUUAGUUUAAAUGUUGAUAAUCUUGAAUGGGUGAGUUGUCUUCUAUCGCUGAAAUAUUUGGCAAUGAAUUAUGUAGACCUUUCAAAGGUAGGACGAGAAUGGAUUGAGCCAUUAAACAAGCUUCCACUUUUAUCUGAGUUGCACUUAGAAUUUUGUGGUUUAUCCAGUUUCAUCUAUUCUCUUCCUUCCGUUAAUUUUACUUCUCUUAAAGUGUUAAACCUUCAAGGCAGCUUCUUCCAGGCCAAGUUGCCGACUUGGUUUGUGAACAUUAGCAGCCUCAUAUCUGUUGACAUCGAAAAUGGCGGCUUGACUGGAAGGAUUCCGCUUGGUUUUGGCGAAUUGCCAAAUUUGCAGUCCUUGAAGCUUAGUUAUAAUAUGAAACUCUCAGCCAGCUCCUUCCAACUGUUUACAAGAAGCUGGAAAAAGAUACGAGUUCUCGACUUAAGUAUCAAUGUACUACAUGGUAGACUUCCUGCUCAUCUUGGAAAUAUGACAUCUCUCAUUUAUUUUGAUUUACACAACAAUAAUAUUGAGGGUGGUAUUCCAAGCUCCAUUGGUAAUCUUUCUAACUUGCAGUAUAUUGACUUGUCAUUGAAUAAACUGACAGGAAGUUUACCAGAUUCAAUUGGCCAGCUCAAGAAUCUUGUUGAACUUCGGUUGAACAAUAACUUGCUUCAAGGUUCCAUCCCUGAUUCUAUUGGAAAUUUACAGCGUUUAGCUACCCUCACGCUUUCAUCAAAUAAGCUAAAUGGUACUCUGCCUGAUAGCAUUGGGCUGCUCUCUGAGUUGUCUUCCCUUGAUGUUUCUCUCAAUAAAUUGACAGGUAUUAUUUCAGAAGCACAUUUUCAUAGGUUGAGGAAACUGGUGGAAAUUAUUUUAUCAGCAAAUUCAUUCAUUUUAAAUGUCAGCUCCAAUUGGGUCCCUCCUUUCCAAGUCAUUGUCUUGCAUAUGGGUUCAUGCCAUCUAGGUCCAUCCUUCCCCUCUUGGCUUAGAUCUCAAAAACAGGUCAAAGUUUUAGAUUUCUCAGGGGCUGGUAUUUCAGAUUCUAUCCCAAAUUGGUUCUGGGACAUGACUAGCAUUCUAGCCCGUUUGAAUGUUUCUUUCAAUAGUUUAGAGGGUCAUACACCAAAUUCAUUCAAUAUAACUCCUUAUGCAGGGGUUGAUAUGAGCUCCAACCAAUUCAAAGGACCCAUUCCUCUUCUAAAUGUCUUGUUACUAGAUCUUUCUAAUAACCAGUUUUCUGGUAGUAUACCGGAAAAUAUUGGUCAAGCCAUGUCAUCGUUAACAUUUCUUUCACUUUCUGGUAACAAGUUGUCCGGUGCAAUCCCAACCUCAAUAGGACAGAUGUCAGUACUCGAUGUCUUUGAUCUCUCAUACAAUAACUUGGCAGGAAGCAUUCCCUCAAGCAUAGGAAAUUGUUCUUCCCUCACUGUUCUAGACCUUCAAAAUAACAAUUUGUCUGGUGGGAUUCCAAAAUCUAUGGGUCAGCUAACUGGGCUUCAAACACUUCACCUGAGCAAUAACCAAUUCUCAGGAGAAAUCCCAUCAUCUCUUCAGAAUUUGUCAAAGUUGGAAACUUUAGAUUUUGGAAACAAUAUGUUAACAGGGAAUUUAGGAAGUUGGUUUGUAGAAGCGUUUCCGCAUCUCAGGAUACUAAGCUUGAGGUGUAAUAACUUUUAUGGAAAACUUCCCUUGGCGCUUUCAAAUUUGAGUUCCUUGCAAAUUUUGGACCUGGCAGAAAACAAGUUCAAUGGUUCCAUUCCUGCUUCCUUCGGCGAUCUUAAGGCCAUGGGUCAAGAGCAAACGGUUGGAGAUUAUUUGCGUUAUGGAACUAUUGAUGAGAAUCACUAUUACCAAGAAAACAUUCGUGUGGUCAUGAAUGGCCUUGAACUGCAGUACACCAAAACUCUUUUCCUUCUAACCAGCAUUGAUCUUUCCGGAAACCAUUUCUAUGGAGCGCUACCUGAAGAAAUAACAAAAUUAGUUGGUUUGGAGACAUUGAACCUGUCAAGAAACCACAUAAGUGGCCAGAUUCCUAAGAGCAUUUCAGAAAUGCGUCAGCUAUUAUCUCUUGAUCUCUCAGGCAAUAUGCUUUCAGGUCCUAUUCCACAAAGUAUAUCUUCAUUGACAUUUCUAGCGAAUUUGAAUGUGUCAAACAAUGACUUGUCAGGUAUGAUACCUUCUGCAAAUCAGAUGUCAACUUUUAAUGCAUCCUCUUUCGCUGGGAACCCUGGUCUAUGCGGAGAUCCUCUUGCGGUGAAGUGUCCUAACGAUUCAAACAAUGGAGGUGACAAUUAUCCAGAUGGUGGGGGAAAAGCUGAUCAGGCUGACAAUGGCAAUGGCUUCAUUGAUAAAUGGUUUUACAUGAGCGUUGGGAUGGGAUUUGCAGUAGGUUUAUUGAUUCCUUAUUUAGUUUUUGCAAUGAAAAGGUCUUGGGGUGGAGUAUACUUUGCAUUUGUGGAUGGAACUGCUUAUAGAUUGUCAAGUGAGAAAAUGAAAGCAGCUAUGAGAAGAAGAAAUCGGAGCACACGCUGA